GUGUCUUGGCGCUGCUACUGCUACCACCUCUGCCGCUGCACAGUACGUUUUUGUUACUCGCACGGUGAACAACGCGGCGCGCUUGCGUCUCUGCUCUGUCCAUUGCAUCGCUUCGCACAUCGCACAUCGCACGGCUGUCUUCUGUCAUUCGAAAGUGUCGUCGUCUCGUCUGGCGCUGUUUCGUCUCUUGUGCAGCGAGCGCCGAUCUACCAAUCUUCCAAUUGCGGUGCAGCAAACAAUUCCAUUCAAUACCUGAACAACAGAACGGCGGGAAAAUGCAUUGCAGUUGGAAUUUCAACAGGAGCUGGACUUUGCUAUGGAUGUCGGUCCUGAUGCUGGCGCUGGCCGUGGAGGUACGGUCCGAGGAGUGCGGCCAGGAGGAGUUCACCAAGUGCGCGGAGCCACUCGAAAUGCUGCAUUUAACGCCAGAGUUCUCGAUUGGCCCCGCCAAACGAGAGGAACUGGAGAAGCUUUGCCACGAGCUGCGGAAAGGUGUGCGCUGCAUUCAGAGUUACACGCGACGCUGCAUGGACCUGCAGCAGAGGAACCAGUUCAACAAGCUCUACCACGGCACCAACCAGUUUAUCCGCGAUCUGUGCAACAAGGGAGAGUUCCAGGAGGAGUACCUGAAGCACGUGCCCUGCUCGGAGAUGGCCAAGAAGGAGUUUGAGGUGUGCGCCACGCGCUACAAGGAAACGAUGGUCUUCCUGAAGCCCAACAAGAACCAGGAGAAUGCCGAAAAUGGCACUCUCAAUGAGAACAUCAAAACGAUUUGCUGCUCCAUCAACGAACUCGUGGACUGCUCGGAGAUGGCAGCUCGCCGCAUCUGCGGCAAUGAGGCGGCCAAGUUUACGCGGGAGCUGGUCGAUAAAUAUGCCAACAGCUUGACCAAGACAUAUUGCGAGGACUACACCCGGAAUCCAGGCCUCUGUCACGACGAUUCGCGCAAUGCUGCAUCUCGGGUGCAGAGGAGCAGUCUGCUGCUGCUGCUGCUAAUAACAACGACGCUGGCUGCGCUGCUGGUCAGCAGCUGGCGUAGCAGCAGAUAAACAGCCAGGCCACAACUACAGCUAAGUUCAAGACACUAAGUUCACACACACAGCAGAAAAGGAGAGCAAAAUAGUUAAGGUUUCCCCCCUGAAGCACAAAAACAAACCCAAAACACACACGCAGCAAGAAUUCCACACCCGGUUGCAUACUUUUGAGAGUCAGUUUACGCCGCUUGAGAGUACUAAAACUAACUAAAUGUUACACCUAGCAGAUAGGAGGGAUAUUUGUAUGGCAGUGGAGAAGAGUGAAAAAGAGUAUUACCAAAGGGUCGUACCAUGUUAUAGGGCAUAUCGAAUGCCACUAGUUAAAGGGCGUAGGCUAGCAGCUGUAGUUAGUGCCAGUGUUGAGGAGGAGAGUUAGUUGCUUUACCCACCACCCAACCCCCAUGUCGAUCGUGCAAUAUCUAGCGUUGAGUUAAGUUUCGUUGAGUUUUGUUAGAGAGUUUUUAAGUGUAGCACAUAAUUGAUUAGUUUCUAAGUCCCCCCCGCGAUAUCCCAGCAACAAAAAGUGCAUUUCUUUGAAUGGAAAUUCCACAAUUGUGUAGAUCAUUUAUAGAUCCCCGUCUAGUGGUUAGCGUUUAUUUAUUACACACACUGUAAAUACCUUCAGGCGUACUCAAAAAGUUGAUCAAGAUUAUUGGUCAAAGCAUAUGGAAAUACAACACUAAUAUAAAUAUCAAUAAAUAUAAAUAAAUAUUAGUUUAACUUGAAUACAGAACACACACACACACACACACACACAUAAAUGCCCACAAAACUGUGAAUAUAUCUGUUAUGAUUAAAGAGUAACAUUUAUUUUAAGUAAAACACACAAACACACACAC